AUGGCUCUGUCCGAUACCACCCCUCACCGAUGGAAUACUUUGGAUAACAUAACAGCUUUAGGGUUGUCAUUCAAUGCGGAGGACUCGCAAGAUGUUGGUACCCCAAAUCGGGAACGAUUCUCCUUGGACGAGGCUUUCGUCAACCGAUCUUUGCCAUUGGAAGGAGAACGGCCAUUCAACAAGUGGAUGAGAAACCUACAAAGGCGAGGAACACAGAGGCGGAAGACCGUGAGCUGUGAUAUGGGCGGCACAAUGCUUGACCCUGAGCUGUUUGACCCUUCAGGCACCCAGAAAAGAUCUGCUCACAAAAAAUCUUCCUCCGGAUCUUCGUUUGGCUUUGUCACAGCUGUGAAGAGCGCAAGCAUUAGUCUUGCCAGCUUCAGUGUUGCCCCACGUUCUAGGAGAACCGGCGUCUCUUCUCGGCAGCAAAGAACAGAUCGUAGCAGCAAGGCCUCGAACGUUGGACGUCUCUCGGAGGACAGUUCAUACAUUGCCCGAGGCAUUGUCAUUGAUCAAGCAGUCACCAAUCGACUGUUACAACGCCGUAGAGUGCUCGAAGAGAUCAUCAGCACAGAGGAAAGCUACUUAGCUGAUGUCAGGUUUCUCAUGAAUGUUUAUGUGACCCUCAUGGCAUCCAUUCCCACUCUUUCAUUGAACCUUCGAGCUUCGAUCAACCGCAAUCUCAAUGAAAUUGUUGAGCUUCACGAAGAGCUGCUUGGGGACCUCCACCGUGUUGUACCCCACUCUGAAUACACGCAGCCAAUUUCUGCCGAGUCAACAUUGCCUGGGUCACCAAACGGUCACCACAGAUGGCGAAGCCUUGACGCAGUCCCUGAACACAAGAGUGGUACUUGGCUUCAGAAGAUUCCCGGAAUGACUGCAGAGCCCAAGGUGGCCGCCGAAGUUGCAAGGGUCUUUGGCAAAAAGAUGAAUCUUUUCUUUGUUUACGAAGAAUACGGUGCCAAAUACGAACUCAUGAUCAAAGACGUAGCUUCCACCUAUCGAACCAUGCCUCAAUGGGAAAUGUAUCAGAAAGGACUUGAAGCACUGGCAUCGUCACUGGCUUCUAUCAACAGCCAACAUGACAAGUCAAAGAAGGCCCUUACAAUUGGCGAUUUGUUGGUCAAGGCAAGUCCAAUUCAAAGAGUGUGCAGAUAUCCUCUUCUGUUCGCAGAGCUCUUGAGACAAACUCCAGUCUGUGACUGUCCUGAUUCUCAUACGGAAAUCGAAAAUGUUCUCAUCAGACUCCGAGAAGCAACAAAUGAGAUUAAUCGUGCAACGGACGACCCGCGUAUGAAGGCUACAAUCGAGAAAUCUUGGCUCUUGCAAGACCGCUUGGGUUUCCCUAACAUGCCUGAAGCUCGCUCGAAGAGUUCCGUACGGGCACUCGGCCAUAUCCAUCUUUGUGGUGUCCUCCAUGUCUCAUGGCAGACUCGAGACGGCGUAGAUGGCCAGUAUCUGAUAUGCCUCCUGUACCGCGACUUUCUCAUUCUUGCAUCAACCGCCAAGACCGAGCAGAUAUAUACAAUUCAAGCUUGCAUUGGAUUGUGUGAGGUUAGUGUCGAGGAGGUUGACAAUGGCAGAGGGCUGCAAUGUCAUACGGCGCCAUUCUCUUGGAAGUUGGUAUUCGAGUGUGAUCACCAAUUGUUCGAGGUCACAAUGAGCGCUUGCUCACCGAAAGAGGAGCUUGAGUGGCGAAGCCGUCUAGCAGAUCAUUCUUCUAGACAGAGUCUUGACGCGGGAGAGCAAGCUUUAUACACAUCUCUAUCAUUGGCAAUCAAGCCAAUGGGUACCGUUUUUGGAAAGCCUGGCACUGUCGCCAGAAGAAUAUCGAUCCACAGAGCAACUACAGUAGGACCAAUGUCAGGUCUCUGCCAAGUCAUCAUCAAAAACACAAAUGCAUUCAAGGAAUCGGCAUCAUCCGCUUCAAUCAACAGAUCUCAGUCUCUUCUCACGACCAACCGCAUCCCGGUCCUCGCUCCGUCACGUGCUGAUCGCAUCCGACUCGAAGCACUUCUAGCAGACGUGUGGACAAGGGAAAUCCUGCCCUACCCUGGCAUGACAGGUCGAGCUCGGAGUGAGCACCUCGUUCGCGCAUCGGCCAGCUCUAUGAUGCGGAAGCUUAGUGUCGCGAGUAUUGCUAGCAAUUUCACAAAACGAUCAGGCAGUAUGGCUAGCCUGCACAAAACAGCAGAAGACGAUGAGUCCAGCGAGACCGACUUACCAAAAGCCACUCCGGUCCGCACUGAAAACAAUUCUAGCGAACCAAGUCAAUGCAAGGACCUUGACGACCCGACGAGAUCUCGAUUGUCAGUCAUACAGGACGAGAAGGAGAAUAUUCAACAGAGAGACUCCUUUGAGACGCCACGUGCCUUGAGUUCUGGAGCAAACGGCAGUCCCACAAGCAAGUUAAGGCGGCUGGCAACCUUGAAAGUCAAGACCAGCUGGGGCCCUGACGGGCAGCGAAUGAUCACUCCUCCGCUGCGAACUUCGAGUGCAAACAGUGUGAACCAAUGUCGGGUAACUCCACUCUCGACAGUGACAGAUCUGGGGACUGAAGAAAAGGAAAAUAUUCCGCAAGUUCAGUCUUCGCAGGCCGCCCCAGCAUCACAGAAGCAGUGGAAGAAGUCAAAAGGAAUGGGGAUGAGCAGGAACGUGGUCGCUGAAGGGCUCCGAAAUCUUUUUCGUUGA